CCGAGAUUGAUUUUAAAACAAACAAUGGGUUCCAUUAAAAUGCUGGUAAUUUUGAUUGUGAUGGUUGCUGUUCUCAAUGUUGGAUUAUGUGACGAAGAAGCUAAGGACCAGCAAAGAGUGCCUCGUCAAUUGGCCAAUGCCCAAAUUCCACCUGUACCCUGGCCUUCUUUAAGUCAAACUCAGCUAGAUGCGAUUCUAAAGGCAGCUCAAGAUGCUAUGAAGCUUUUACAACAGUUACAUAGACCAGCUUGAAAAGUUACAUAUGAUUUUAUAGUUUAAGGACUUAUUUGUUAUUGUACUUUACAGUAAUUGGACUUUAGUAUUGGGUAUUUGUUGAAGGUUGUUUUUUU